UCAUUGAUGGUUAACUCCGUAAAUAUGGUUGAACAAUUGGUUGUUGAAAAUAGUAUAAAUUCAUUUGAAAUUAUUCCAUGGUUUAGUCAUAAUAACAUCGAAUUUUCAGGUCAUGAAUAUUUUCUAUGAUUUAUAUCAGGAUUAAAUUACUACACUUAUGCUAAAAUCAUCACUUUCAAUUAGACACUCCGCAACAGAUCGUGGACGUAAUUCAAAUUUUGCAAGAAGCUAGUUUACUAUUGAUUAUCAAUGAAAUGUAGAGAAAAUGAAUGUUUACAUCAUUCAAAUUUGAUAGAAAGAAAACAAAAUCGUGUUAUGUUUUAAUAGGAAAUACACUUUACACCUUUUUAUUAAUAAUAUGUUAUUGUUUUGAUGCAAUGCAUGGAAUAUAUUUUUCAACAUGGAUCUUAAUACUGAUAACCCUGGGGAAAAUAUUAACUUCUAGUGAGGACUCAGUAAUUGUUGGUAUUAUAGCAAAUGGAGCAGACAAAGUGGAGACAAGUAAUUUUUCCCGGCAUUCACAGACAGUUCAGGUUGUUAAAUAUUUCACUGACACUUCUCAAGUGUUCAAUAUAUACCGAUCAGUCCGUAAGCUGGAUACCAAUUCAAGCAUUGACGUCAUUGUGAUGAUGGACUAUGACAGCUCUGUUUUGAAGGUUCCCAACAUUAUGACGUCACAGAAUAAGAAGAUUCUUCCGAUGGGAGCAAGACCAAAAUAUUACGAAAAUGUGCACACAAAGAACAACACUUGCAAGGACAGUAAUUUACUCCCUAUUGAAAAGGAUGUGUAUUGUCUGCCAAGUACAAAUGGUAGCCUCAUUCAUAGGGAUACUCUUCUGUUAAGACAACCAAUACCCAGGGCAGUUUGUUCAAUUGUAAAAUCCCUCAAAUGGAAACAUGUCAUAAUUUUCUACGAAAGUGCCACAGAAGAUGAAAUAUCCAAACUUGUCGAUGACUUUUCUUCGGACGGCGUCAUGUUUGCUCUCUUCAACAACGACCAGGUGGAUGAUAUUCAUAGCGUACUUCUAAACAUAUAUCGGACAAGUAUCGCCAGCAAUAAAGCUAUUAACAUAGUUAUUGUGUGUGGCUUCAGUUGUACGAGAGACAUUAUUAAAGCCGCAAAUGAGUUUGAUUCUUUGAAUAAAUUUAAAACGCUGAUGAAAAAGUUCUCAAAAUGGCUAAUCGCUUUGCAUGGAUAUACUCGCUACGCAUCCCAUGCAUUGGUCACGUGUGCAGACGACCUUGAUAACGUUGGAAUUCUUGCAAUUCCAGAAAACAAAGGAAGUAUGAUUGAGGAUAUAUUCUACAUCAUUGAGAAAACUUUACUGGACACUCUGAGGGAGCAGAUAAUGAUAGACCGUUCCGAGGCCUUUAAGAACGACUUUAUUAACAAAUUUGAAGAAAAUGUCCAGUCUUGGGAUCCAAUAAGCAAGUGCCAGUCUUACUAUAUUGAUACAUUGAUUUGGUCAAGAAAUGGUAGAGAAUUUACCACUGUCGGUCAUGCUGAUAUCAACGGGGACGUUUCUCUAAAUUCUGACGUUUUUCCAAACCUGAAGUAUGGCUACAACAAGAGGAAAUUUCUUAUAUCAACUCUUGAGUAUGCGCCAUUUGUGAUCAAGAGGAAGGUCAACGACACCUACAUAUAUGAAGGAUUCUGUAUGGAUUUGUUAAACGAGUUGGCGCAUAAACUUAAUUUCACUUAUGAACUGACGGAGCCAGAUGAUGGAAACUGGGGGACAAUUACAAGUGAGGAAAAUUUAACGUUCAAUGGUCUUGUUGGACAACUGCAAAGAGAGGAGAUUGAUUUUGUUGCCGCGCCAAUUGCAAGCCAGGCAAUCAGGAGUCCAGCCAUGGACUUCAGUUAUUCAUACUACUACGAAUAUACUUCGGUCCUUGUGAAAAAACCCGAUGUGAAUGCAAGGAAGUGGAGAACUCUUAUAGAUCCAUUAAAAUGGGAGGUUCUUUUAACAAUAGGUAAACAACUUUAG